AUGGACUCGUGGCAUGGCCAAGGACAACAAACCAAACACAGCCCAAAGAUUCUCAAGCCCUCGCGACAGCGCUUCCUCCUCGAGACCCUCGCCGUCGGCUCCAAGGCUCAACCCACAAUCCUCCUCCGAUUCACAACAAGCUGCAUCUGCUCGCUCAUCAGCCGCGGGGGCCUUCCCGAUCUUACUCAGGGCAUCCCAUCCACGCUGGAGUAUGAGACCACCGGGGCGACAAACCGAUCGUCGCUCACUGCCGUCGAGGAUGAGGGUGCUGCCGCCGCCCCUGGAGGUGGUCGUGGGCGGGGAGAACUGCCUGCUUCGGCCUACAUUUCCUCCUCUGAGCGCCGUCGUCAGAAAUGGGCCAAUUGGAUGUUUGGUGGUAUGGCAGCCGUACUGGCCGGCAGCACCGUCUACCUAGGUAGGGACUGGGACGAGGAGGAAGAGAAGCAACACCCGGAUGUGCCCAAUGGCUGGGGGCUUGGCCUCUGGUGGAACCGCGCCUCAACGCGGACGAAGGAGGUCCUGACCUACUAUCACGAGCCGGCAUUUGAGAAGCUGCUUCCCGACCCCGACCCGAUGUUCGAGCGACCCUACACUCUGUGCAUCAGCCUCGAGGAUUUGCUCGUGCAUAGCGAAUGGUCGCGCGAGCACGGGUGGAGGGUCGCAAAGCGGCCCGGUGUCGAUUACUUCUUGCACUACCUAAGCCAGUACUACGAGUUGGUCCUGUUUACUACCGUGCCAUUCGCCAUUGCAGAGCCUCUCGUGCGCAAACUCGACCCUUUCCGCUUUAUUGUCUGGCCACUAUACCGAGAAGCAACCAAGUACAAGGAUGGUGAAAUUGUAAAGGACUUGUCCUACCUCAAUCGUGACCUCUCAAAAGUAAUCAUCAUCGAUACGAGCGCUGAGCACGUUCGUGCCCAACCGGAGAAUGCCAUCAUCCUGCCAAAGUGGACUGGCGAUGCCAAGGAUAAAGAGCUAGUGGGCCUCAUUCCCUUCCUCGAGUACAUCCACACAAUGCAGUAUGGCGACGUGCGGAAGGUCCUCAAGUCCUUCAACGGCAAACACAUUCCUACCGAAUUUGCGCGUCGUGAAGCCAUCGCACGAGCCGAGUUCAACAAGCAGCUUGAGGCGGAAAAGAAGAAACACCCACACAAGGGCCAAAGUGGUAUUGCUGCUUUGGGCAGCCUGUUAGGUCUUAAACCAAACUCCAUGAGUGUCAUGGCCAUGCCCGAUGGCGAGCAGAACCCUAGCGAGGCUUUCGCUCAAGGAAAGAUGCUUCAGGACAUUGCGCGGGAGAGAGGCCAAAGAAACUAUGAGCUGUUGGAGAAGGAAAUCCGGGAGAACGGAGAGAAGUGGCUGAAGGAAGAAGCCGCUAUGCAGGAGAAGGCCCAGCAAGAGGCCAUGGCCAGCAUGAAGAGCUCGUUCACCGGUUGGUUUGUGAGCUCUCAAGACGGCAACAAGCCCGAAGAGAAGAAGCCUUAA